UCUAUGCCCGCUGGGUCCCUCGUCGGAGCCCUUUCUGUCACCUACCUUGGUGACAAGCUUGGGCGUAAAAAGACGAUCAUCCUUGGUGGUCUUUUCUGGGCCAUUGGCUCUAUUCUCCAGUGAGCGUCGGUCGUGAGUGUAUCAUCCUAUCAUAACAUCGUUUCGCUGUUAAGAUGCCGCUUUAGAACCGUGGCAUGCUCGUGGUUGGCCGUGUCAUAUCUGGUUACUCCGUCGGCAUAUCUUCUACCGUUGUCCCUUUCGGUUGUUCGUACAUGAACGGCGCUGCUUCAUUCCGUAUCCCAUGGGGUCUCCAGAUGAUCCCCGCUAUUGUUCUUUCUCUCGGUAUGCUCGUUUUCCCCGAAUCUCCCCGUUGGCUAGGUCAAACCCGCCAAGGCGCUCGUCAAUUCUUCUGAGAUAUUCCAUCCGACCGACUCUUACCACAAUGUACAUUC